UGCUCAGCCAACAGCCAUCAUCAGUGGCAUCAUGGCGGUGAAGGCUCUAGUCUUGUUAGCCAUCGUCGCCUGUUGUGGAUUCGUCCACGCCCAGCAGGCGAGCGACUGCGCCAGCAUGUGCAGGAGCAUCGCACCUCCUGGGUUCCAGAUUCCAUCGCAGCCUCAAUCAAUUUUUGGCUUCGGGCGCGCCGGCCACGCUAAGAAGCACGGCGCAGCGCAGCGCUCCUCGGUGCACCACGGAGCGGCCAGCCGCCAGAGCGGGACGUCCAGCAGCGAAGCCUGCGACAACCUGUGCGAGAGCCUCGAGCAGGGUAUGGGCAAUGGACGGGAAUUCACUUGUCCAACCUUCUGCAAUGGUUUCAGCGGAUCUUCUGGACGAUCUAAUCCGUCAGCACGAAGCAUUCAUAAGCAUGCCGGUAGCCGCUCGGCUCACGCCCUGAAGAAGCACCGCAGCGUACGUUCGGCGAUGCCGCUCCCACUCGCUGCCCAACAGUCCCGCCAGCAGCGACAAGAGAACGGCGCAACGGAAUUCUGCAACGCCGUGUGCCCUACGCUUACGGAGAUUUUUUUCCCGGGCUUUCUAAUACCAGGCGGAUCAGCAGGUGGAUCAGGAGGAACAAGUAGCUCAGGUGGUUCCUAUGGGUCUGGCGGCUCAGCUGACAGUUCAGGUGGAUCAAGUGCAACCACUGGUGGAGCAGAUGGCUCUACUGGUUCUGCAAAUGGCCAAAGUGGCUCUACUGACGGAUCCGCGGAAUCUUCAGAUUCUGGUGCGACUAUUGGUGGUUCAAGCGGAUCUACAGGCGGCUCUGGUGGAUCAGAAGACUCUACUGGCAGUUCUACUGGGUCCACUGAUGGUUCUAAUGCAUCUAAUGAUGGAACCUCCGGAUCUUCAAAUUCUGGUGAGACUACAGAAGGAUCAGGCGGAUCGACAGGCGCCUCUGGUGGAUCAGGAGGCUCUACUGGCAGUUCUGCUGGGUAUACAGAUGGCUCUGGUGCAUCUAAUGAUGGGACGAUCGGAUCUUCAAGUUCUGGCUCGACUUCAGACGGUUCAAGCGGAUCUACAGGUAGCUCUGGUGGAUCAGACGACUCUAGUGGUAGUACACAUGGUUCAGGUGGGUCUACAGGCAGCUCUGGUGGAUCAGAUGACUCUACUGGCGGUUCUUCUGGGUCGACAGAUGGCUCUGGUGCAUCUAAUGAUGGAACGACCGGAUCUUCAAGUUCUGGCUCGACUACAGAGGGUUCAAGCGGAUCUACAGGUAGCUCUGGUGGAUCAGACGACUCUAGUGGUAGUACACAUGGUUCAGGUGGGUCUACAGGCAGCUCUGGUGGACCAGACGACUCUACUGGCGGUUCUUCUGAGUCGACAGAUGGCUCUGGUGCAUCUAAUGAUGGAACGACCGGAUCCUCAAGUUCUGGCUCGACUACAGAAGGUUCAAGUGGGUCUACAGGUAGCUCUGGUGGAUCAGACGACUCUAGUGGUAGCACACAAGGUUCAGGUGGGUCUACAGGCAGCUCUGGUGGAUCAGACGACUCUACUGGCGGUUCUACUGGGACAACAGCGGGAUCUACUGGUUCCAGUGGUGGAGCCACUGAAUCAUCAAGUUCUGGUGGGAGUACAGAUGGUUCAAGCGGAUCUACAGGCAGCUCCAGUGGAUCACAUGACUCUACUGGCAGCUCUAGUGGGUCUACAGAUGACUCUAGUUCAUCUGAUGAUGGAUCCGGCGGUUCUUCAAGUUCAGAUGGUUCAGGUGGAACAACUGGUAGCAGUGGGCAAGGUGGAUCUGAUGAUGGAUCAGUCAGUUCUGGCGGUGGAGAGAAUUAUCCUGAUAUCGACAUCUGCCUCUUCGAGCCGAGGAAAAGUGCAGGUGAGCGCAAAGCAGCAUCGAAGUCAAGUUCGUCAGUAAAAUCUACAGCAACAAGACAUGGAGGAAAGGAAAGGAAGAGAAUAAAUGCGGCUGCCAGGUCUGGUCACAAACAUGGAUCGAAAACCUCAGCUUCCAGAGCACAUCGAAGACAACAUACAGCACAUGGUCACUAACUUUUCAGUUCAGUUAUUCCAUGUUUACCCAGUUACUGUAGCACAUUCUUGUUUCUAUUCUCAUUCCUGUUGUCACUACAAUCACAAAAAAAUACAUAUUAGCUUGUUCACGAGCUAUGUUGGAUAAAAAUAAAUAUUAUUUUUCAACA